AAUACAGUACGGAGUACAUAAUUAAUGGUAUUGAUCACACGGUACAGAACAAUUCAGUGUGUGGACAUUAGCUGUAAAUCAUAAAGAUAAAUCAAAAUUUGAAUUUCAACUUGGAUAUAUAUAAAUAUAUAUUUCAGUGACGGAUUAUACCUGACAACUUUUACGAUCGCAGAAUGAAAUUCAAGCAAGCAACGAAAAAAGUGGACAAGAACAGAAAGAAAGUGAGGAUUAAGGAAUAUGACAUGGACAGUUCAGGACGACGAUCAACAUUACCAAUAAGCAGUACUUCCGCUGUAGCACUCGUGCUCAUCGUCGGGUUUUCAUUUGGAUUUAUCAUAGCUAGUUAUACAGGUUCCUCCUUAACGACUGUUGAUAUGAAGAGUGAACCCCGCCCAAUGGAGAUCGAACUAUCCAAUGACGAUAACUUAAUCCAACCAGAGGAAGGCCGAAGUAAUACAAAUAGCAAAGGAUUGGACUCGAAUAGCAUUCCACUCGCUGAUAAAAUUCCUGCCAAUAGCGGAAAUAACGUCAGUAACAGAACUCAAUCACCGGAAGCGAAAUCUACUGCGCAUCCAACGGUCGAAGGACUGUCCAGAUCGCAACAUCCGCCUCCUGGAAGUAAAGAAUCGUUCAAAAUUGAAAAUUUACGACGAAAAAUUCCAGCGUCUGAGGUUGGUAUUGCUAUAAGAAAAGACAUGAAAAGAUAUAUUUGUAAUGGCUACGGUCCAAGACUAGGAAAUCUCAUGUUCCUGUACGCCACAUGUUAUGGUACCGCGUACGAUUUCAGCAUGACACUCGCCCUUAACAACGGAGACUAUAUAUAUGGUCCCUUUGAGGGGAUUCCUAAACCCAAACAGCCAAAAUCGCGAUAUUGCAGAGGAGGCCAGAGGUCUUUUAACGAAGUCAAACCAAGAUUUUAUAAGAGAUUUAACAUUCAGAAGACAGAUAAGUAUGUAAAAUUAAACGGAUAUUUGCAAUCUUGGAAGUACUUUGCAAAUUCUUUUGAUGAUUUGAAGCAGCAAUUUACGUGGAGAAAGAGCAUACGGGAAGCAGUUGUGAAUAUUAUCCAACGUUUGGUCAAAACUAGUUAUCCUAAAGACGACUUUAAUUCUGUAACCACCGUCGGAAUACAUAUAAGGAGAGGGGACUACGUACAUGAACAUCGACCAAUGGCGGAUAAGCCCUAUAUAGAGAGUGCUAAACAAUAUUUCUUGAGCCGAUACCCUAAAGUUUUAUUUAUUGUUACCACUAACCCUGAAUCCGAAGCUCGAACCUGGUGUACGACAAAUGUUAUUAAUGGUACGGGGAAGACAGUGUUUUCUGGAGCGAAAAAUGACCGCUAUGUUGACAUGGCGCUCUUGUCAAUGACUAAUCACGUGAUAAUAUCUACUGGAACAUAUGGGUGGUGGGCGGGCUUUCUCAGUAACGGAACAGUCAUACAUUACGAUUGGAUUCCGAAGAACCACUAUAAAUUCAAUAGGGAGGAUUAUAUUCUGCCGUACUGGAUUGGAAUUAAAGCAACAAAAAUUGAUUGGAGCAACUCCCAAUUUAGGACAAUCAAACCACUAUAAUUUCUACACACGGAGAAGGAUAAUGUUAUUUUUGCGAUAUUAAGAGUUAAGUGAGAUUCGAUUUGUGAUACGUUCUUUGAAUGGUUAAUUUGCUGUGCUCAUACAUGUAGAUAUAUUUACAUCAUUGCCAGCGGAAAUGCAUUUCAUUUGAGUAUGAAAGCAAAAACUCUCGUGAAGUAACACGUGGUUUAAUUAUGAUGACAUGGAUUAACCUUGCUCAAUGAAAGUCUUCGUUUCGCAAAACAUGGAGAAUGCCCCUGCGUCAAACACUCAAAUGACUACGGUUAAUUAUUGGCGCCAAUUUUAUUUAAACAGGACUGUUCCGCCGAUCUCUUUUUAAGGACGACCCAUAUACAA